AUGCACAAGCACUUCACCAAACGCAUCGACAUCGUCAAACUGAAAACAAAUUUGUACAUACAUAAGUGUUGUUCUUCAAAUCAGUCUAAUUGCAAGACUUCAAAGAUCUCGCGCAAGAUGGUAAAAAAAUCGACGCAAAUAGCUAACGAACAGCUUGAUCCAUCAUCUAUACAAAGUGGUUCCCAGUAUCCUCCUCUACACUCUCAAGUUGCCUAUCAAGAUAAUGCCAGGAAUAUCUCACCGAUGUCAUCCAAAUCCACUUCGAGAUGUAGUACAUCACGAUGCUUAUGCAUUCAGUUGUUGGUUCUGUUGGCUUUAUUGGUACUAGCAGCUGUUAUCAUCCCUAUUGUUGUGUUAAUAUUAGAGAAUCAAUCGUCAACAUCACCAUGCGCUGUAACAUAUUCUCAGAGUUUCACUGCCUUUACAACUCAAACUGCUCAAUGCACAGCAUGGCAACAAUUCGCUGCAAGUUUGACUUGUACGAGCUAUUCGAAAAUGCGAAUCUAUGGUUCGAACGAUCCAGUUGGUAUCACAGUUACUGAUCCAAAUACUGUCACUGCUCUAGCAGUUGCCUUACGCUAUAAUACUACCAUCGUUAUUAAUAACAAUGGGAUAACAUGGCGCGUAUGGCCAUGCAGCAGUGGUUAUGAAAUCACUUCAUCGGGAUCUGCGUGUAGUUGUACAACAGGUUACUAUACAAUAAGACCAUGUCCUUGGAUUAAUGGAUAUUGGGGUGGUAUCGCCUCGGUGUCAUGUAACGCAGCAUCACAAACGAUGUCACUUUCUUUUGCAUAA